AUGCGUCUCGUUUACGCAGUGCUGCUGCCUGGCGUCAUCGUCUUCGUAUCAAGUGGGAACGUGCUUUACGCCCGUGCAGCCGAAGGCGACGAGACUAACGUCGUUGCUCGUAGAUUCCUGCAACACGUUCCUUCAGCGGCCACAGUCAAAGAAGCGGGUUGCUUGACAAAUCUCGUCGAUUUUGUAAAGAAGUUCUAUAAGAAACCAGCCCGCUUCUACGUGACUUCUCCGGAAGUGACAGGCGUUCUAGCUAGCGUUCGUAUCACUAAAGAGAACAACGGCGAAAACUAUGCAGAUCUUGCGGCUCAAGCGCAGGAGGCGUUUCGCAAUCACUUAAAGGCAGUGCUGGAGAAAUGGAAGGAGAGGGACCACAAGAAGAAGACUGAUUCGUUUAUGGGCAGUAGUGACUUUCGCGAUUUUUGUACUCGGGUCGACGAAGCUAACCAGCUCUUCCCCAAAGAGUAUGCCAUCAAUUUGUAUGCGCUAUUGGAGAGCUCGUUGACAAAAAAACAGUUACAAAAGAUCGUUCUGAAAGGCUUCGCGAACAAUGAUCCAAAAGGGCAAGAAUUUCAUGGCUUGUUCUACGGCAAGCGCAAUCCUAGUCUGGUUUGA